AUGGCCAGGAUUAAGGCUGGAAGCCUUCACAGGAAGAAGGAGGAGCAGCUGCUGAAACAGGAAGAGGAACUGAAGGUAGAGCCGUCCCAGCGGCACAUCGCUAAAGUGACAGGCAGCGUGGCUUCCAAACUCUCCAAGACCCGAGUUGUUCAUAAAUCCAUCACCCAUGUAUUGACCGUCAUUAACCAGACUCAGAAAGAGAACCUCAGGAAAUUCUAUAAGGACAAGAAGUGCAAGGCCCUGGAUCCGUGGCCCAAGACCACACACCGCUGA